UCUCUAUCUUAUCUUCUAUUCUCUAUCAUGCUCUUUCUUACCCUUCUGGCCCUGGCAAGCGGCAUCUCUGCCCUGCCCGGCCUGGCCCCCCGUUCAACCGACUACCCCGUCGUCAACGCCAACAUCAGCAUUGGCCAAACCAUCUACGUCAAAGAAGGCGACACCGUCUGGUCGCUGGCCGCCACGUACCGCGUCGGCGUGUGCGAUCUGGCCCGUAUGAACGGCCUCACCGACCCGGACUUCAUCUACCCCGGCGAGAAGUUCCUCAUCCCCGCCGUGCCCGCCCACCCGGACGACUUCUCCUGUCUGGACGUGAACAACACCGAGACCACCAACACCUGCAUCGUGGGCGGGCCGCACGUCUACACCACCAUGCCCGGCGACACGAUCCAGAAGAUCGCCAACGUGCGCUACAACAUCACCGUCGACGCCAUCAUGAACUACGCCGCCCAGACGGCGUACAUCGUCGAUCUGGCCCCGGGCCCGUACACCGAGCUCGAGGCAGACCAGCUGGUCAAGAUCCCCCUGUGCGAAAACACGGAAUGCAUCCUCCGCACCUUUGAGUUCCAUUACGGCACCAUGGUCGAUGUCGCCCGAUACUUUGGCGUCCAGACCGGCCAGAUCAUGUCGCUCAACCAGGGCUUCAACCAUUCCGACGGGGGGGCUGCUGCCAAUGCCGCCUUGAUGGUCACCACCAACUGCACCUAUUUUGACGAUUCAUGGUAUUAGCAUGCAUGCUUAGCCAUAGCUAAGCAUAGCCAUAGCGAUAGCCAUGGCUAUAGCUAUCUAUAUAGCUAUAAUAUAGCUAUAAUAUAGCUAUCCAUAAUAUAGAGCUAUGUCUAUAUUAGUGUCAGUUCGAUACGUCUAUUUCCAAUACAAGAAGAUUCGAG